UACUGCGCAGUCCACGAGAGACCCUUCAGGAUCCGCGCGGUGCCCCCCAUUCCCUCCCACAAAUCCAGCCAACGCUUUUCAGCGCAUUAUAUCCCGUAACGCUUCACGCAUUUGGCAGCAUUUCCCGAAAUAAUGUUCGGGUGAUUUUCGGGUGUCCUGCCACGUUUUCUCGUCGUUUUAAAGGGGGAGAAUAUCGAGAGACCCGCGACACACACUUCGGCUGAUCCGGAUGAACAAACUCUUGGAAAAGUAAAGUCGCAACAGGACAACUUCACUAAGGCUGAAGAGAUGGCAGAGGCUAUGGCUUUCUCACUGCCUCUCAGCCUGCUGUUCCUGGCAUGGCUGUGUGGGAACAUGUCUGCACGAGCGUCUGAACUCUUUUCACCAGGUCCAGAUCCAUCCAGAGGACCGCAUUUCACUGGCUGUCGCUCCCGAGAGCAGGAGACCUUUAGAUGUUGGUGGAGCGCUGGCAGCUUCCAGAAUCUCACCGAGCCAGGAGCUCUCCGGGUCUUCUACCAGACGAAGAACACCUUUUCUAGUGAAUGGCUGGAGUGUCCAGACUACACAUCCUCUGUGCAGAAUGAGUGUUAUUUUAACAAGACCUUCACACACAUCUGGACCUCCUAUUGCAUACAGCUACGUUCAGUUCCCCACAACAUAACUUAUGAUGAAGACUGCUUUACAGUAGAAAACAUAGUGCAUCCUGACCCACCAGUUGGACUGAAUUGGACCCUGCUGAACGUAAGUCGCUCAGGGCUGCAUUUUGACGUCCUCAUGCGCUGGACUCCCCCUCCCUCAGCAGAUGUUCAGAUGGGCUGGAUGAGUCUGGUGUACCAGGUUCAAUAUCGGGUCAGGAACACCUCACACUGGGAGAUGUUGGAUCUGGAGAGCGGCACACAGCAGUCCAUCUAUGGAUUGCACACAGAGAAAGAGUACGAGGUGCGGGUGCGCUGCAAGAUGUCAUCCUUUAAAAACUUUGGCGAGUUCAGCGAAAGCAUCUUCAUACAUGUGGCACAAAUACCAAGCAAAGAUUCAACAUUCCCGACGACAUUGGUGUUGGUUUUUGGAGUCAUAGGCGUGGUGAUUCUUCUCAUCCUUCUCAUAUUUUCCCAACAGCAGAGGUUAAUGGUGAUAUUUUUACCACCUAUACCUGCACCUAAAAUUAAAGGCAUUGACCCGGAGUUGCUGAAGAAUGGAAAGUUAGACCAGUUAAAUUCCCUGCUGAGCGGCCAGGAUAUGUACAAGCCCAACUCUUACCAUGAGGACCCAUGGGUCGAAUUCAUCCAACUGGAUCUGGAUGACCUUGCGGAGAAGAAUGAGAGUUCUGACACACAGCAUCUGCUCGGCCUGUCCCGCUCAGGCUCUUCUCACGGGCUUCAUUUCAAAAGCGACGACGAUUCGGGGCGUGCCAGCUGUUAUGAUCCAGAGAUCCCAGACUCUGAGGAUUUGCUCACAACUGCCCUGCUACCUGGUCGCUCUGGUCACGGAGAGCAGCACCCUACGGUUCCUAGGAGCGCCUCAUCCACCCCUAGCCUCGCAGAGGGUGCGGAGACAUCCGGUGAAACACAACAACCUACUACACCAAACUGGGUUAACAUGGACUUUUACGCCCAAGUAAGCGAUUUCACACCCGCAGGAGAAGUGAUACUCUCACCCAGACAACUAAACAUCGCUCUAGGUAAGAAAAAAGAGGAAGAGAAGAAAAUCGAAGAUGGGAAGAAGAUACAAUUCCAGCUCGUUUCUGACGGAGCCUAUACCUCAGAGAUCACAGCGAGGCAGAUUGCCGCCGAUGUGCCCACCGGGCUCGGUCCUGAUCAAGAAUACCAAACAUUCCCAUCUCAGGUUGCCGAGGGGAACCCCGGCUGGAACGGAGAGUACAUGGCUCCGGUCGAUGACUCCCAGACGCCGUACCUUCUGCCUGCGGUUCCUCCACCCUCCGUACUACCACCUGUGUCAGACUAUACUGUAGUGCAGGAGGUGGAUGCCCAGCACAGCCUCCUCCUAAACCCCUCUACCCCACAGACAGCGACCUGCACGCACACCCCAAACAAACAACUACCUGCCAUGCCAACCAUGCCUAUGGGGUACCUCACCCCUGAUCUCCUAGGAAACCUGACCCCAUGAAAUCUUUCGGAGAAACUAAAAAGCGCAGUUGUUGAUGUCGUUCUACCUUCUCACUGCUGGAAGCCGAAGCUGCAUCAAUGAUGGGACUGUAAUACCAUCACUAUCUGCUAAUGUUUCUAAGGCUUUUCUCUGCUGUAGGCUAAAAGGAUGAUGAAGCCGAGAGCGUUUCUUCUCUGUUAGCUGUACUGCCUGAAGCAGCUACGACGAAAUCUGUUAUCAAUUUCAAAUCCAAAAUGUCGGCUAGUUGCACAAAAAAAUACAUCACUACAGAAAUAUGCUGGCAUAGAUGGUCAGAGAGCAAUUUUUUAAAACUUGCUUAUCUUAUUAUAUGGAUACAGAUGUAGAGAUACAGUGGCAUUGAGAUGAAAAAGAUUUAAAAUGAUGUGAGAAAAUUGUUUACACACAGGUUAAAGACAUUGUUGGAAUAUGACAUUUAAAAAAAUAUAUAUAAAAUUUCUCUUGUGUCAUAUUAAGGUUUUUGUUCUGGCCGAAAUACGCCCUGAACAACAUAUGACUGAUCCCUCAUGCUCAUCAGACUCGUAUUACUGCAAACCCUUGAUCUUUGCUGUUCAAGAUUUAUGGGAGUCAUUUUAAACGGCACAUCAAUUCUGCUCAUCUUUCUACCGUGGCCAGAUCACUAAAGUGUGGACUUUUUAUAACCAUCACUGUAUAUGAAUGUAAUAUUUUAAGGUUCCUUGCUAGAAAAUAAUGAAAUUGAAUGGUUUAUAAAGAUAUUAUGCCGUUCCCAUUUGUCUUGGAGGUUUUGCUAAGUUUGCUUUACGUAUCCAGGGGAAAUGUUGACAACACUAAGCGCUUGUAGAGUUUAGCCUUUGCUGUGCAAUGCAAAAACCGUAUGGCAGAUGAACUUGCAGCGGUUUUAUAUUGAUGAAGCAUAAAUGUAUCCAUACAUUUACAAUGGGAGUUACAUUGCAGACACGCUGGGAUAGAAGUGCCAAAUGUUUUAUACUUGUCUUGUUUUAUUGGACUGUAUGGGGCUAUAAUUGUUGCCUGGACUAUUUGCUCAAUGACGUCCUAUAGAAACAGCAUUGUGUAAUGCACCACAUGAUAAAAAGCUGCUUUCUACUAGAGAUAUUUUAUGAAAUCAUGCAUUAUAAUAUUUAAUGAAUAAUAACUGGAGAGUAAAAAGAUAUAGUUUCUUAGAAUAUUAGAGGUUUAGUUUUUACACACUACAAACAAAGCCCAUGGAUUUCUCACAAUGUUGUUGAGCUUGUACAGAAAGUGUUGAUUGUUAAAGUGUAUAGAUAGAGAUGAGCUUAUUUGAGCACGUUUGUGACUCUUACAUGUUCUCUGUUUUUAGAGAAAAACAAUGGAGGUAUAUGAUGGUAUAAAGCAGCCUAUCGACUACAAGCUAAAUUGGUCCUGGGUUUGCAAAUGAUGCUUGAAUACUGGAUCCUACCUUGUUUUAGGUGUCUCUUGUAGUUACAGUGCCUUCCAAACAGAAAUAGCUGACCCAGAAAUAUAAAUCCACUAUUUUGGUCGUGAUUACUUUUACAGGCCCUAAAAGUAUUCAGACCAAAAAAAUUUUUUUGCUUUUAAAUUCAGUUCACACAUAAUAACCAAAGUAAAUGUUUUUCAGCUAUCACAUUGACAUUCUGCCAGAUCUGUACAGAUGCCUGUGCAAAAUCUGCUUGUUUAAGGCAGACUUUUCAGUCAGUUUUUUACAUUUAUAUUUGCAUUUGGCAGACACUUUCAUCCAAAGGGACUUAAACACUCUCACACACUAAAAAAGUUAUUUCUGGGAUGGUACCUUUUCCUAAUAUGUACCAUUUUGGUAACUUUGAGCUACAAAUAUGCACCUUUUAGGUACUAGAGUGUUUUUUUUUUAAGGUACUGCCCCAGUGACAGCUUUUGAAACUUUUCUGCUUUUAAGCUAUACGUUUUUAUCAGUAUGUGCGUUCCCUGGGGAUCGAACCCACAACUCCCACGCUCCAAAUGCUCUACCAGCUGAGCUACAUUAAAGGUGGGGUGCAUGAUUUUUGAAAAACACUGUGGAAAAGGGAGCCAGGCAGAGUACCAAAACACACUUGUAGCCAAUCAGCAGUAAGGGGCAUGUCUACUAACCAACAUUGUUGCCUGGUUUGCGUAUGUGUGCGGCGGGUCUAUCAAAAGAAGGGCAGGUUCUAUUGGGGUAGGGGCGUGUUUGUUUAGGUGAUUUCAAAUGUCAACAUUGGCUUUCAGAGAUCAUGCACCCCACCUUUAAUAUUUCCUUAGAAUGUGAAAGGUCUAAAAUCUGUUAUUUGUAGAUUUGUUGACAGUUCAUGCAGAUGUUAUGGAGUGACUUAAUUAGCUCAGAUAUGUAGUUUUGUUUAUUCAGAGAGAGAGAGAGAGAGAGAGAGAGAAACAAACUAUCUAUACAUUUCUUUUGGAAGGCAAUGUAUGUGUUUUCGUAAUAACAGUUCGGGCUAAUCAAAUGUAUUGUUUGAUUUAAUAAUUUAUUUUUUAAGACUUCUGUGUUUUAUAGUGCUGCCGUGAAUGAAGUAGUUUAUCGCAUAAUUAGAUGCCAAGCCUUUGUUAUUGUGCGAACACACAGGUACGCCUAAAACAAAUGGGACCAAACACUGUCGAACAAUGAGCCAGAGGAAAGCAUGUGAUGCUAAAGCUCAUGUGAUGGGUGGUGUAAAGAAAAAAAAUGGUACAGUUUGAACCUGAGCUGGAAAAUGAGAUAUUUACAUAGAUAUUAUCUAAAAUAUAUUGAACAGGUGUAAAACUAAAAAUGUGAUCGUGUAGUCUGAAGUCUUAGAAUCUAAUAACAGGAGCAUCAAAGUUUGAUGUCACAUUGAUUUCAAUCUUUGACAUGACCUUACUCAGUCAAUAUUAAAUAUAUAUCAAGGUUAUAUUUUCACAGAAUGUUCUUUACAUUAUGACUUUUGCUGGGUUUUCACAGACUGGGUCACUUACAAUGAUAAACCACUUAUAGACCCCAUAGCCCACAGUCAAUGUGCCUCCACACAUACAGAACAAAACACGUGUAAGCUAAUUCAUUAAAGCAUAGCUGGGUUAAACAGUGUAGAAGUACAGUAAUGCUUAACAAAACCCUGCUUAUGCCUAUUAUGUGUGUGUGUAUAUAUGAUAAAUAUAGUGGGCCUAUGCGUAUAUUGUAUUUAACCCUAACACUGUGUUAAGCGAUGUGCCAUCCUUUUAUAUGUAAAGGUUUUGCCUUACUGAAAAAUAUAAAGUAUUACACAACUUUUCUGCUGCUGGCAUCGCUGUGAAAUCAGCAUGUUCAUGUUUAAAUGGAAACGUCUUAAGCUGUCACAAUACGUGGUGUACGAUAUGCAUAUUAGCUUUUGCUGUAUGUACUUUUAUGGAGUACAGUGCUGCUCUUUCUGUAUUUCUUUCUCUAUAUUUCUUGUUAUGUAGCAUCUUUCACUUUUGCUUCUUGAGUAAUGCAAAGCCAACGUGGCAAAGAAAUGCAUGUCUGUACAUGCAAGAUGACAAAUGCACAGGUUUAAAUAUAGUUCAUUUAAUCCUCUGUAUGGUUAUAGUCAUAUUUGUAUGAUUUAGUGCCAAUUUUUCAACUGUGUUUGCCUUAUGGAUGCACAUUAAGUAUUAAGGUAUAAAUAAACUUAAUUCAGGUUUGUUAUUGGAACAUUUGUAUGGUUUGCUGUUGAAAUUGGUUGGAUUUAUUUUACCUCAAAUGAACAACAAUUUACAGUAUUAGCUUUGUUUUGUUUUCUUCUGUUUAAUAAAGAUUGCUUCAAACAAAUUGA